AAAUAGGUGCAAUACAAUUUAAAAACUAAGUGAAAACAAUAGUGUUCACAUAAAAAUAUUAUAAUCACAAUUGCAACAAUGGAUGAAGAUUAUUCGUUAAAUGAUUUUGAGUUAAAUGAUCGAUGUGUUAAAUUGGGUUUUAAACCACAAAAAGAAAUAAUAUUUAAUCGUUUAUUGCCUUAUGCACAUAAAUUAGAUGAUGAAUCAUUACGCUUAUUUGCAGAUAUUAAAGGUAAUCUUGGACGAUCUUUAAUGCUUAGAGAAUAUCGACCAGGAUUUGGAAUUUGGAUAUCUCGACUAAACAAAUAUAUAAAGGUCUAUGGACUUAAGUUUUCAAAGGAAGAUCACAUUGCUUUAAUUAAAUUAUUAUUGGAGGCGUUAUUAAUACCUGAUUUAGAACCUAGUCGAGUGUAUAAAAUUUCGAAUUCAUUACUACUACUAUUAAAAAAACAUAGUCUAAUUUCUCCUGACGAAUUAGAAAUACCUUGGAGACCUUUAUGUGAAUUACAUAAACGAAUUAUAACCAGAAAUGAAACAAAUUUGGGAAUGUACAGAUAUUUUGCAAGUCUCGAUAACACAAUUACGUGUCUUAUUGAAGAUUGCAAAACAUAUUUUCCUGUAUCAGCGACACAAGAAAUUCUUGAUGAAUGGCGACCGAAAUUAUGCCCAUUUAAUACUCAAGAUAUGUGUCAAGCAUUGGAAUCACUAAUGUUAUUUUUACCAAUGAAUGUUCCACCUGAGUAUGGUCCACAAACUUAUAAUUUAUGGUUGAAAGAAAUAUUAAAUUUGUGGGAUACAUGUCACAAUUCUCCACCAUGGGAAAAUACUUUAAUGUGGAUGGUAGCAAAAGUAGCUGCUGGAAAUAUUGGAUACAUUGAUUGGGAGCCAACCAUACCAAUAAUGUUUACACGUUUUUUAAGGUCACUAGAUUUACCAGUAUCGUAUAAAGGUUACCAAAAUGUGAAAUCAAGUAAAAUUGAUAUAUCUGCAAUAUCAUUAUGGAUUGUGUCUGUGUUACAUGAAAAAAGUUGUGCCAUGCAAUACCUACAACAGUUUAUGUGCACCGUUGAAUCGUAUUUCCAUCAUGCGAAUCAAGGACGUUGGGUUGGUAAAUUAAAAGCGUUAUUGAAAAAAUUACCAUAUGAUUUUAUUGAACGUUUACAUAAAGAACGUUAUGCUAAGAAAAAAUGGAAUAUUAAUAUACCAAAUGAGUAUAAGUUAACUGAAGAUUGUAUUACAAAAUUUGUGGAAGUAUUGUUACCAGCUGUUACAUUUUCAAUUUAUGGUACAUUAAUUGAAGUAACAUCAGCGUUACAAAAUUUAUCGUUACUAAGGCCAGCAAUUGUUAUACCAGUGGUAUUAGAAAAAUUAUAUUCAACAUUAGGCUCAUUAACUGAACCACAUAAAUUAACCGCAUCAAUGAUGUGUGUAGUAUCAACAGCACGAUCCUUAGUUGAAGGUGCACGUUUAGGGUAUCCCGAAGGUCCAACGCAUGUUGUUCCAUUAUUAAUGGCAUUACUACCGGGUAUUGAUCCAAACGAUAUACGUAAAUGUUUAGUGACCUUUCAAUUUAUAUCAACAUUUGCAUCGUUGGUCCCGAUCGUUGAUUCAUCAAAUGCUGCUGAUUAUUAUUCUGAUUUAACGGAAGAGGAACAUGUAAUUUGUGAGGCCACAGCACAAUUUGAAGAUUUUGUAUUACAAUUUAUGGAUAAAGUAUUUACAAUGAUUGAAAGUAGUGCUUUGGAAUUAACACGAUUAGAACAAGCUGAUACCGAAAAGAAGAGUCGAUUAGAGAGUGUUGCUGAGAGUGCAUUAUCAUCAAUUUGUGCCAGUCUUUUAAUGCAAACUUCACCAGCUAUUUUUAAGUCAGCAUUACGAAAAAUGGAUGCAUUUUUAAAAGAUAAAAUAAUGGAAAUUAAAGUAUCCGGACCAUUAGUUGCCAUAAUGGUGCGAAGUUUUGUUCGUGUGAAUCCCGAAGAAGUAAUUAAAUUAUUUUUACCACGAUUUUGUGAAAAUAUUUUAAAUGGAUUAAAAGAUAUUGAUAAAAAAGAAGAAAAUUUAGAUAAUGAAAUUUUAUUUAAUUUACUUUUACUAUCAGAAGUUGUAUAUCCUGGUGGACGUGCUUUAUUGCCUUAUGAAAAAUUAUUAAUGGAUGUAUUAGAUCGUACUUUAUGGCUUACUUGUCGUCAAGCUGCUUAUUCAGCCCAUUGUUUAUUAGGACGGAUUUUAUCCUCGCUUUCUACAAUAGGUUUAAUCGAAUAUCGUUCAUCGCCAGCUCCAUAUGAUACACACGUUAAAGAUUUUCUUCCAAUAAGAGAUUGGGGAAAACCUGGUGAUAUACAUAAUUUAAAUAUACAAUAUUUUGUACCUGGGGAAGAGGAAUUACAAUGUAUUAAAAAUUUUAUAUGGCGUUAUUUACCAAUUGAAUUACGCCGUUUAGAAUUACAUAUUAUUGGUAAUAAUGACAGUUCAAUAAAAUUACCCGAUGGUAAUGAAAUUACACCGUCAUCAGAUAAUAAUGUUGAAUUGCAACGUGAAGAAUUACAUAGAAGCUUAGGUGUGAUACUAGCAUUAAUGAAUUGUAAAACAUUGUUACCAAUUUGGGACGAACAACCAAUUGCAUUAUUGGAUACAAAAGUUGAUAUAUCUCCAAUGGAAUUAGAAAUUGGAUGUCCAGGUGUAAUAAAUAUGCCCGAUGGUAGUAAUAUUAGAAGAACCGUUGCUCAAACAAUUGGACGAUUGCAAGAUAAGAUUUUGGAUUCUUCAGAAGGUGAUACAAAAUCACUAUUUCAUUUAAUUACAAUAUGGAAUACGUUGUUGUUAAAUAAAAGCAAUGGUGAUCGAGGCUUUGAAGCACAUUGGAAACAUUAUCAUAAUAUCAAACGUGUUAUGGAAAAUCGUUUAACUGGAUGUAAAAGACAUUUACGUUGGUUAUUAGUGGAUCGAGUUAUGUUACAACAUGAAUUACGAAUUGAAGCAUCUGUUCAGGAAUUAACUCAAAGUCAUGUCGAUAUUUUAAAACGCUUAUUUCAACUUUCCAUUAGUUCAUAUAGUGAGGUUCGUGCUCAAGCUCAAAGUAAACUAUUAACGGCAAUAAGUCAUUUUCCAUAUUCAUAUACAAUUUUAAUACCCGAAAUAAAAAAAAUUUUGGAAUUAGAUUCAAAUGAAAAUCAUGAACAAUUCAAAGGCGCAUUAUACAUAUUGUUAGGACCAAAAACAGUACCAUUAAUUGCUCGACAUGAUUGGACGUUAAUCAAUCAAAUAUGGCCAACGUUAGUCAAUUCAAAAUUAUCAGAAAAACCAUCUGUUAUUAAUUUAGUUGAAUUAUUAGUGGAUACAGUACAUAAACAUUUUCCAACAAUUACAAUACAUUUAAAAAUACCAUCGAGUUGUGUUGAUGUUGCAAAAAUAAUGUGGACAAAUCAUCCAGUACCUAAACAAGCGAUGGCUAGUGAAGAAGAUAUCACUGAUGGUAUAAUUGCGUUAGAGAGAGCAGGACAUAAAAAUUUAAGUGUUUAUUUGGACACAGUUAAUCGUAUUUUAGAUUCUAUUGAGUUUGGAAAUUUACAUUGGCGAUAUAAAUAUAUGGCCUAUAAUUUUCUCCGUGAUCUUGUCCAUCCCGAUGUAAAAUACAGUGCUCGUGUUGUGCGAUGUUUCUUUCAAACAUUAAUACAUGACUCACUCGAAUUGCGUAAACUAAAUAUUCGUACGUCAUUGUUUGUAUUAAAACAACAAAAACGACCCCAUAAAAAGGUCAAAGUACGAUGUUUGCCAUGCAUAUGUACAGAAAAAAAUGAUACUGAUGAUAGUGCCAAUAAAAAUGACUCAACAGAUGAGAUAAAUAAUUUAUUACCACUUGAAAUUCGAUGUACUAUGUCAAACGAUAAAUUUAACGAAAUUAAACCGGGUGAUCGAUAUGAUAAUCGAUGGUUACAAUAUAAUAGUGCAAAACGUCCAUUAACCGAAGCCGAUUGGGAAAAACCACAUUAUUUACAUAAAGAAUAUUAUGGUUAUUAUACGUGGCCAAAAGUUUUGGAAAUAUAUUCACCAACGGCCGAACAACCAAAUUUAGAUCGUGAUGUUAGUGAAUUAAAUGAGCAAGAAUUAGAAGUGUAUAACUUUUUUAACGAUACAAAUAAUGUUAAUAAAUUAAUUGAAUAUUUAUCAAUGGAAGAGAAAAAAGGAAAAGACAAAUUUAGUGGAUUUAGAUUUAUCUUUUUUAAGAAUUUGUUCCGUAAUCAUGGUGAUACAUUUUUACCAAUUUUUUUACCACAUAUUAGACGUUUAGUAACCGAUAAGCAAGAACAACAUCAACGAUGUGCCGCUGAAUUAAUUGCGGCAUUAAUACGUGGAUGUAAACAUUGGCCUUUUAAAAAGGUCAAAAAUUUAUGGGAUGAAUUAGAUCCGAUAAUACGAACGGCUUUAGCUAAUAUGACCGUUGAAACUACACAUGAUUGGGGAAUUUGUUUUGCAACAGCUGCAGAAGGACGAGAUCCAAAUAGAUAUCAUUGGUUGUAUGAAAUAUUAAUGGAUAAUCCAUUACGUGACGAAGCAUCAUUUAUUGAAUGUGGACGAUUGUAUGCAUUACAAGGGGCAUUAAAUCAACAAGAAUGGCGUGUAGCUGAAUUACAUCAUCGUUUAUGGGUAUAUUUUAAAAAUUAUUUGACACAUCCAUUUCAAAAUGUAAGAGAUCGUUUGAGUAGCGUAUUGACAAAUAUUACUGAGGCUGAUAUACAAUUUCCUGGUGGUAAUCGUACAAUAUCACCACGUGUUGAACAAAUUAUUGAAGAAGUUGAACCAAAAUUAACGGUGUUGUAUAAUUCUGGUUUGAAAAACUUUCAACAUAUUGACGGUGCAAUUAAUUUGGGUAAUGGAGAUUCAUCGAAUGUGACUAAUGUGGCAGCAGCAUCUCAUGUUUUAGCCGAAGGUGAAAACAGUAGUGCUAGUUCUCCUUUUAAAACUAUUGACAAUAUGAAAUUAACUGAUGAUGAAAAAGAUACUGCCUUACGAUUAAUGAAAACAGUAUUUAAAUGGAUUGUAUCGGUAUUAUCAAGAAUGCAAUAUUCUUCAUUAGCACCAUUUUAUAAGUUAUUUGGAUUGGCAUGUUUUCUUCAGAGUCAUGAAAAUGAUGAAGAUGUAGCUAAAACAUGUACACAAUUUUUGGCAAUGUUAGCACAGGCGUUACAUCCUGUCAAUGAGAUUGGUUUUGCAAUUGAACAUAUCCGUAAUAUUGCGUUACCAUGCCCGUCAUGGUCAGCUCGUGUAGCUGUUACUAGAUUUAUUCAAUCGUUUGUGUUCUAUAAUAUGGCACUUAUAUUAAGUAACGAACAAUACGUUUUAGAGAUAAAGGAUAUUGUCCUCACAUUAUUAAAAGAUGAAGCUUUAGAAGUUAGAACAAUUGCCGAACAAGUUUUAAGUGGUCUAUUACAUUGUAAUUUUAUACCAAAUCCAGACGAAACAUUGCAAGAAUUUUUAUUAAAAGCUAAAACAAGAGUUAAGAAACGCUCAAAAAUGAGUGCAAAUACAAAUGUAAAUGCAGAUAAUUCUAAAUCACUUAGUAAUUCAAAUAAAAAUACUAAACAAAUUGAAACGAUACGGUUACGACAUGCAGCUAUUUUAGGUUUAUGUGCAUUUAUUGAUGCGCAUCCAUAUGAUGUACCGUCAUACAUACCAGAUAUAUUUUCCGAAUUAGGAAACCAUUUAAAUGAUCCUCAACCAAUUCCAACCACAAUCAGAAAAACAUUAGGUGAUUUCAAGCGAACACAUCAUGACAAUUGGGAAAUACAUAAAUUAAAAUUUACCGAAGAACAAUUGGCUGUGCUUACAGAUCUUUCAGUGCCUCCAUCAUAUUAUGCAUAAUAGGUUUAGUAUUUGAAAAACAAAUGUGUUUUUUUUUAAACAAACGAACUUAUGUACCUUAUUGUGACCAAUUAUCACACUGCAAAUAUUAUUUUUAAUAUGAUUUUUUAGUAUU